AUGUUCAACCAAACAAAACACGAACCAAGAACUACACACACCUGGCAAGUGUGGGCCAUCUACAUGGUCUUAGCUGCAAACCUCUCCGAAGAGCAAGUGCUGAAGCAGGUUUGUCCUUCAUGCGGUGCCACUCAGCUUUGCAACUGCUCUUCCAUGGACUUGGACUUCAUUCCCGCAGGGCUCACGGACAAAAUCACAACGUUAAACCUGUCCCACAACAGGAUAAAGCACAUCCGAUCCCAGGAUCUACAGCAGACUGUGAACCUGAGAGUCCUGCUGCUGCAGUCCAACAACAUCAGCUCAAUAGACGAGGACUCAUUUCGCUCCCUUGGGAAGCUGGAGCUCUUGGACUUAUCAAAUAACAGCUUGGCUCACGUGUCCCCUGCGUGGUUUGGGCACCUUUUUUCGCUCCAGCACCUCCACCUUCAAGGGAACGCCUACAGAGACCUGGGGGAAAGCUCCCCCUUUUCUAGCCUGAGGAACCUGAGCUCUCUCCACCUGGGCAACAGGCGGUUCUCCACGAUCAGGCGAGGGAACUUUGAGGGCAUUGAGCUUCUCGACAAGUUGUGGAUUGACGGUGGCAAUCUCAGACAGUAUGAGCCGGGAAGUUUCAAAUCAAUUAAGAAGGUAAAUCACAUGAUCGUAGACAUAAGAAGUAUUAAUGUAUUCUCAGCAAUUGUCAGGGACCUUCUGCACUCUGUCACUUGGUUAGAACUGAGAAAAAUACCAUUCAGCAUACCUGCUGAAAUGCAACUGUUGAGAGUCCUGUCGUUGUCUUUUGCACAGAAAAUUUCUCUUAAAGAGGCCUUGUUAACAGAUGCCACUGUGCCUGAGAUUGUCAGCAUUUUAGAGGACAUGCCAAAACUGGUGGAGGUGGAGAUGAUAGACUGUAGACUCAUGGGAACUGGACAAUGGCAAAUACAAAUUCAGGCAAACCAAUCACAGACUCUUAGAGUUCUGACAAUAGAGAAACUGUCUAUAGAAGAAUUUUAUUUGUUUACAGAUCUUCAGGCUGUGGAAGGACUACUAUCUCUUCUUACCAAAGUCACAGUUAGAAACACCAAGGUCUUUUUGGUACCCUGCAGUCUUUCGAGACGUCUUCUGUCAUUAGAAUACCUUGACCUUAGUGCAAAUUUGCUUGGAGACCAGAGUUUGGAGCAUUCGGCCUGCCAGGGUGGUUGGCCCUCACUACAAGCUUUAAAUUUAAGUCAGAAUUCACUGGGUGACUUAGAAAUGACAGGCAAAAGUUUGUCUCGUCUGAGACAAUUAAUUCUCUUAGACAUUAGCCAAAACAAUUUUGGUGAGAUUCCAGAUGUGUGUGAAUGGCCAAAACACCUGAAAUACUUAAACCUCUCCAGCACUCAAAUUCCUAAACUAACAACUUGCAUUCCCCUGACACUGGAAGUUUUGGACGUCAGUGCCAACAACCUGAAGGAGUUUGGCUUGCAGCUGCCCUUUCUCAAAGAGCUGUACCUCGCAAAAAACCAGCUGAAGACCUUGCCCGGUGCUGCACCCAUUCCUAACUUAGUGGCCAUGUCGAUCAGAAGAAACAAGCUGAACAGCUUCUCCAGGGAAGAGUUUGAGGCCUUCAAGAAAAUGGAGCUGCUGGAUGCCAGCGACAACAACUUCAUCUGCUCCUGUGAGUUCGUGUCCUUCAUCCAGCACCAGGCCGGGAUGGCCCAGGUGCUGGUGGGGUGGCCAGACAAGUACAUCUGUGACUCUCCCCUGGCAGUGAGAGGGACGCAGGUUGGAGCCGUGCACCCCUCCCUGAUGGAGUGCCACAGGUCCCUUGUGGUGUCGUUGAUCUGCGUCCUGGUGUUCCUGGUCAUCCUCGUCCUCGUGGCCGUUGGCUACAAGUACCACGUGGUCUGGUACCUGCGAAUGACCUGGGCGUGGCUCCAAGCCAAGCGGAAGCCCAAGCGCGCCCCUGCAAAGGACAUCUGCUAUGACGCUUUUGUCUCCUACAGCGAGAAUGACUCUGACUGGGUGGAAAACAUCAUGGUGCGGGAGCUGGAGCAGGCCUGCCCCCCGUUUCGGCUCUGCCUGCACAAGCGGGACUUUGUGCCCGGGAAGUGGAUCGUGGACAAUAUCAUUGACUCCAUAGAGAAGAGCCACAAAACGCUCUUUGUGCUGUCCGAGCACUUUGUGCAGAGCGAGUGGUGCAAAUACGAGCUGGACUUCUCACACUUCCGCCUCUUUGACGAGAACAACGAUGCAGCGAUUCUCGUCCUCCUGGAGCCCAUCCAGAGCAAAGCGAUUCCCAAGAGGUUCUGCAAGCUGCGGAAGAUCAUGAACACAAAGACCUACCUCGAGUGGCCUCCUGGUGAGGAACAGCAGAAGAGAUUUUGGGAAAACCUGAAAGGAGCCUUGAAGUCAUAA